CUAGAACAGAAUUCCAACUGAAUUGAAACUGUGCUGCAAACUCGACAGAAGGACUCAGGAUCAAGUACUUGAACUCGGAGCACGUCUAUAAAAACGCUAUGCGGCGGCAGCUGCUUGUGAAGCCAACGAAGGCGGCGCGUUGAGCACGUGAAAGCCUUGAAAAAAUGUGCUCGUCCGCUUGCAUGACAAUUGUAGCGUGCAGGCAUUUAGACAUCGCAGCAACAACGUCAGACAGCGCAGUUGAGCGCAGCGUACGUGAAGUGUGUGCUAAGAACUUAAGGCAGAAGCAGACAUAGAGACAGGAAGGAGGAAACUAACCCACUAACACUAACACUAACACAUGCACAGAGCACAAGCUUAGCACCUGCAGAAAGGCGUAGACAGCCCACAAAGACAUAGAGCAACGCACGGAAUAACUAAUUCGCUUCAACUGCCAUUUAAAUAUGAAAAUUUAUACUCGCUGAUAAUUAAAAAACAAAAGGGCGAAAAUCUUUACAACAGCAAAUAAAUAAAUAUAUCGAAUCGUAACGCGACUGAAUAAACCGGAAAAUAAGGCCACGCCACAAACAGCGAUAUUGUGGUCAGUUGUACAACAACAACAACAACAACGGACAGCAGCAACAACAAGCAAAGGCUGCAGCACAUAAAGUGAUUCAACUGCAGCAACAAUAUUGCAUCAUCGCCAUUUUGACCAAUAUUAAUAAUGGUAAUGUUGCUGCAAUUCAAGCGACAACUGCCGGCAGCAGCAGCAACAGCAACAGCAGCAGCAACAACAACAUCAGCAACAGUAUCGAGAACGAGAAGAAAAUCCCGUGGCACAGCAAGGCAACUUGUGGUGGUGUUGCUGUUGCUUCUGUUGCAUGUUUGUGGCAGCCGAGGCGCUGGCAUCAGCUACAACACUGGCAGCAGCAUAUCUGGCAAUUUGAGUGCCACACAGCGUGGCAAUGCGGCAACAAGUAGCAGCGGCGGUCUUGUAUUGAUCGGCUCCAGCAGCGCCACGGGCAACACUGGCAACUCUGGCAACUCGGCCACCUCCAGUUCGGUGCCCUCAUUAUCGCUCACUUCAUCAUCGUCAGCGUCAGCGUCAGCGUCAUUAUCAGCGUCGUCGGCAGCGUCUUCAGCUUUCGCAACAUCAACAAGCAGCAGCAGUUCGUCAUCAUCCGCGUCAAGUGGCAACCGCAGCAGUAGACUAACUAGCAGCAGCAACAGCAACAACAACAUAAAUCAUGAUCAAUUACCCGCACAGCUCUCAUCGCGCAUCAUCCACACACGCAACGGCGCCAUCUCGGGCGUAAUUGUCCAAUUAGAUGGACGGCAUUUGGAUCCGGUUGAGGCGUAUCGCGGAAUACCCUACGCCUCCCCGCCCGUCGGCAAUUUGCGUUUCAUGCCCCCCGUCUCCGCGGCCAUGUGGUCGGGCGUCAAAAAGGCGGACAGAUUUAGUCCGGUUUGUCCACAACGCCUCCCGGACAUUCACAAUGAGACGGCGGCUCUGGAGCGCAUGCCCAAGGGCCGAUUGGAGUAUCUGAAGCGAUUGCUGCCCUAUCUGCAAAAUCAAUCAGAGGAUUGUCUUUAUCUAAAUAUUUAUGUGCCCAUACAAGUGGGUUCUCGGGACGCAACGAACAGUGGCGGCUCCACAGGCAGCAGCAGCAGUUCUGGCAGCUCUUCAUCAUCGUCAUCGUCAUCGUCCUCGACAGGUCCGGCUAAGUAUCCGGUGCUGGUGUUUGUGCAUGGCGAGUCAUAUGAAUGGAACAGUGGCAAUCCCUAUGAUGGCUCUGUACUUUCCAGUUAUGGACAAAUUUUGGUGGUAACCAUAAAUUAUCGCCUCGGAGUGCUGGGCUUUCUGAAUGCCAACACGGAUCGGUAUUCGAAGCUGCCCGCCAAUUACGGGCUAAUGGACAUCAUUGCGGCACUGCACUGGCUGAAGGAGAACAUUGCUGCCUUUGGCGGGGACUCCAAUAGCAUCACACUGGCAGGACAUGGCACUGGAGCAGCCUGUGUGCACUUCUUAAUAUCAUCCAUGGCAGUGCCAGAGGGUCUCCUCUUCAAUCGGGCCAUUCUCAUGUCCGGCUCGGGUCUAGCGCCUUGGUCUUUGGUCAGCAAUCCGGCCAAGUAUGCUGCCAUUGUGGCACAUCACGUUAACUGCGCCUCGGACCUGCCACAUGCUCAUCUAAUGAAAUGCUUGAGGGAGAAGACCCUCGAGCAGCUGCUCAGUGUCCCCAUACGACCGCCAGAAUUCGGUUUUGCCUUUGGGCCCAGCAUCGAUGGUGUUGUCAUCGAUGGCGGUGACUACGUACCACCUCCUCCCGGUUCCCCAGCCGCCCAGGCUCAGGCUCAGGCCUCCACCGCCGCUGGCAACGGACUCGGCGGUGAGGCAGGAAUUGCUGCGGCUGGUGGUUGGGGCACUCCAGGUCAGCUCGAGAAUAUCGUAUUAAUGAGAAAAACUGCCAUUAACAAGUUGUCAAGAUACGACCUGAUGGCUGGUGUGACACGUGCCGAAGCCUUUUUCAGCUUCAAUUCGGGAGACGUGCAAUAUGGCAUCGAGGCGGAUCGACGCUCGAGAAUUUUAAAGGCCUACGUACGGAACACGUACACAUUUCAUUUGAACGAGAUAUUCGCAACGAUUGUCAAUGAAUACACCGACUGGGAGAGACCGGUGCAGCAUCCAAUUAAUAUCCGAGAUGAAACCUUGGAGGCUUUAAGCGAUGCUCAGGUUGUUGCCCCGGCGGCCCAGACCGUCGAUUUGCAUUCAGCGGAUCAUCGCAAUUCGUAUCUCUAUGUUUUUGACUAUCAGACGCGGUUCGGUGACUAUCCACAGCGUCAGGGAUGCAUACACGGCGAAGAUUUACCAUACAUCUUUGGUGCACCACUUGUCGGUGGUUUUAACCACUUCACUCGCAACUAUACGAAAGCCGAAAUCAGUCUAUCGGAAGUUGUAAUGUUUUACUGGUCCAACUUUGUACGCACCGGCAAUCCAAAUGAACAAAUGGAAACGGAGCACGGCAGUCGACAGGAGCGCAGUCGCUAUAAGACCAUUGAGUGGACGGCCUAUGAGAGUGUGCACAAGAAGUAUUUAAAUUUCGACACGAAGCCAAAACUGAAGAAUCACUAUCGCGCACAUCGUCUCUCCUUCUGGUUGAAUCUAAUACCCGAUCUGCAUAAGCCGGGGGGAGACAAUGUGCCCGCUGCCCAUCAUCAGCUGCAUGAUGACGAUGAUCUGGACAACAACAUUGCCAACGAUGCCUCGGUGAAGCCAUUGAACCCAUCAUACACCUCGAGGGGAGCCAAUGCGGCGGCGAUGGGCAACUUUACAAUAUUCACGAAUCAGGUCUUCUCGCUGCUGAACCUCAGCUCGCCCUCGUCCUCGCUGCAGCGGAAUGGCACUCGCUACGGCGCCGGAAAGAUCUAUCCGGAUGACAUGCUGGAUGCGGAACAUGCUGGCGGUGCGGCGAGUGCCUCGCAGGAUGGCGAUGGCUUUGCCGCGUACUCGACGGCGCUGAGUGUUACCAUUGCCAUCGGCUGCUCACUGCUGAUACUCAAUGUGCUGAUCUUUGCGGGAGUCUACUAUCAGAGGGACAAGACGCGCCUGAGUGAGCCGCGGACUCAGACGAAGCUGAAGCGGCAGGAGAAUGGACAAAUGCCGAACAAUAUCUGCGGCGAUCUGGAAACGUUAACUAUACACGCAAAAAGCGAUCCGGCAACCAUAUUAUCGCAUCAUCAUGCCAUGCAGCACCAUCAGCUGCCGCCGCCGGAGUUUGCUGAUAUACCGCAUCGUGCACCGCCGCCGCCCAAGCACAUGAAGUCCUCAAUGCAGGAUGUUGGGGGUCAAAGUACGGGCGGGGGUGGAGGUGGUGGUGGGGGUAUGUUGCCGCCGCCACAUGCCCUGCAGGUGCUGGGGAAUCAGUGUGGCACGCUGACCAAAAAGAGCUGCAUGAAGCAAACACAGGCAGCCCAAGCGCAACAGCACUCGCCCGCCCAGCAGCAACAUGUCGUGACGCAUCAGCAACAUCUGCAGAAUCAUCAUAAUCAAAGCAUGACCACGGUGCUGACCACUGCAGGCGGACUGAUGCCAGUGCCAACGCCGCCCACAGUGCCAGUUAUUGUGGCAACUACAACGCAGCAGCAUGCACAACAACAACAACAGCAUCAGCAGCAGCAGCAACAAUCUCAGCAACAGCAACAAUCUCAGCAACAGCAACAUCCGCUGAUGGAUGAGCUUCGUGUGUGACAUUAAUUGACGGUGCGUUUCAAAUGUGAUCUAUAAACUAAGAUCUCAAGGCGCACAGUCUACAAACUGUUUCAAAUGCGUGUGUGAGUGUGUGUAUGCAAUUAGUCAGUUAACUGUGUUCAAAUAAAUGUUCAUAGUUCGCUCUA